AUGUCCCAAAUGACAGAAUUUCUUUCUUUUUUUAAGGUUGAAUGAGCCUCUGUUGUGUAAGAACAUUCUGUUGUGUAAGAACUUACUCAGGGAGUGUAUCAGCCUCAGUCUGGGGAAGAAGUACUCGUUACUCAGAACGGAAAAACACCCACUGCCUAUAUAUUCCCACUUAGGUCACAUUUUCUAAAUGUCAGCUCCCAAAGUACAAUCCAUACACAAUAAAGUUCAGCCUCUUAGGUAUAUUGUAUGAGUUUUGACAAAUGUACACAGUUGUGUGAUCACCUCCACAAUCAAGAUAUAGAAUGUUUCCAUCGCCCCAAAGACUUCCUUUAUGUCCCUGGGUGGCGAUCUCCCACCCACCCACCUCCUGGCCCCCAGCUCCUGGCAACUGCCGACCUGCUGGGCCUUUCCCAGAACAUCAUGUAAAGCAAUCGUAGAGUAUGCAGCAGCAUUUCAUGCCUGACAUCUUCUUCUCACGUUUUUGAGCCUCCUCCAUGUUACAUGUGAGACUAGUUCGUUCCAUUUCUCGCUCAGUAAUAGUCCAGUGUCUGAAUAUACCAUCAUUUGUGUGUUCUAACCCGCGGUUUUUAAUUUUCUCAAUCCAAGUAUUUUUCAGGGUAAUUGAUAUUUUCUUAUUAACAAAGCAAAGCUUGGUGUAUGGUUCUAGAACCAUCAGAUUCCUUUUAUUUCAACACGUUAAGUAACUGCCACGAAGCCAACACCUUUGAGACAACCUACUGCCAGUGCUGUAAAAAUUACACCAAGCCAGGCGCCGAACCCUUGCACCGGGAAUGGAGUGUUUAAAAUGUGGGCCGAUCCUUUGUUUUUGAGACCGAAGCUAGCAGUGGCUCUCUACCUGUCUGUGCUUUAAAAUCUCCUGAAAAACUUUAAAUAAAAACCAUGGGGGGAGGGAGUAAACUCACCUGGUAACCAGGCCUAGAGUGACAGGCUGUCCCACUUUUCCCUGGGUCCAGGGCUUUCCGGAGUUGAGGACUUCUGGGGCUGACACCUGACCCGCCCAGACUCCACUCCCAGGCCAAGUAAAUCAGAGUCCCUGGAAGGGUUGCCGCUGACCACCCUUAGUCUUAACAGCUCCCCCAGGUGACUCUGAUGCAGUAGAAGGUUGAUAACGAGGGAGCUCACUAAGCCCUCAGGCUUGUAACCUUCAGGCUCUUUGGAGGGAGCAGUGAGCAAGAAAGAUUCUACCCAGGCUACUUAGAGCAAAGGGUAUGAGAGGGGAGGCGGGAAACACCGCUCUGCACCUGGCCUGCCAGAACAGCCACUCCCAGAGCACACGCGUCCUCCUGCUGGGCGGGUCCCGUGCCGACCUCAAAAAUAAUUAUCUGCUCAGAUUGUGCUCAGAGUUUGAUUUCUGUCCGCAGGCAGGCGACACCUGUUUGCACGUUGCUGCACGCUAUAAUCACUUGUCCAUCAUUAAGCUCCUCCUCAGUGCUUUCUGUUCUGUCCAUGAAAAGAACCAGGCUGGAGACACAGCACUUCAUGUUGCUGCUGCCCUAAAUCACAAGAAGGUGGUUAAAAUCUUACUGGAAGCUGGAGCAGAUGGGACCAUUGUUAAUAAUGCAGGCCAGACUCCACUGGAGACUGCGCGCUACCACAAUAAUCCGGAAGUUGCUCUUCUCCUCACUAAAGCUCCCCAGGUCUUGCGCUUCAGUCGUGGGCGAAGCCUGAGGAAAAAGAGAGAGAGGCUCAAGGAAGAGAGGAGAGCUCAGUCUGUGCCAAGAGAUGAGGUGGCACAAAGCAAGGGAAGUGUCUCAGCAGGAGACACCCCCAGCAGCGAACAUGCUGUACCCAGAAAAGAAGAGACCAGAGAAGAUUUCCUGUCUGCCUCCCCAGAGCCCAGAGCAAAGGACAAUCGGCAGAGAAAGUCAAGGCCCAAGGUGUCUGCGUUUUCUGACCCCACCCCACCAGCAGACCAGCAGCCUGGACACCAGAAGAGUGCGCAUGCUCAUAAUCCUCCUAGAAAGAGGCCCCGGCACCGAUGCUCCCCCCCGCCCCCUCCCCAUGAGUUCAGAGCCUACCAGCUCUACACGCUGUACCGGGGCAAGGAUGGGAAAGUGAUGCAGGCACCGAUCAAUGGUUGUCGAUGUGAACCCCUAAUCAACAAGCUGGAGAACCAGCUGGAGGCAGCUGUGGAGGAGAUCAGAGCAGAGCUGGGGUCUGUGCAGGAUAAAAUGAACACAAAGCUGGGACACAUGGAGGGCAAGACCCAGCACCAGAUGCGUGUUUUGGACAAGCUGAUGGUGGAGCGGCUCUCAGCCGAGAGAACCGAGUGCCUGAACCGCCUGCAGCAGCACUCCGACGCCGAGAAGCACGAGGGAGAGAAACGACAGACAUCACUGGUGGAUGAAUUAAAAACCUGGUGCAUGCUAAAGAUUCAGAAUCUGGAGCUGAAGCUUUCUGGAGAUUCUAGGGCCUCUAGGACCAAAUCCACACCAUCUACUUGCGAGUCCUCUACAGGUGUGGAUCAGUCAGUGGUCACUGCAGGUCCAGUAGCAGCUUCUGACAGUUCUCCUCAGGUGGUGAGGCCCAAGGAAAAGGCCUUCAACUCCACUGCUACCCACCGACUACAGCAGGAGCUGUCUUCCUCAGACUGUACAGGCUCUCGACUGCGGAAUGUCAAGGUCCAGACAGCCUUGCUACCCUUGAAAGAGGCAGCCAGAUAUGAUCAGCAGGCUGGGCCCUGUGUUGACAGAGGCACCCAAACCAAGAAGUCUGGGAGAAGUGGGCAGACAAGGCAUCGGACCCAGCACCCAGCACCCAGCAACCCCUGUGGGCUGCCGCCACCAGCAGCAGGCAGUGAGCAGACCGCUCCUCACAUUCGAGAUACCUCCCAAGCUUUGGAGAUCACCCAGUAUUUUUUUGAGGCCGUUUCUACCCAGAUGGAAAAGUGGUAUGAAAGGAAGAUUGAGGAAGCACGAAGCCAAGCCAGUCAGAAGGCCCAGCAAGACAAGGCCACCCUGAAGGAACAUAUUAAAAGUUUAGAAGAAGAACUUGCUAAACUAAGGACGAAGGUGCAGAAGGAAAAUUAGGACCUGGGGAGCAGCACAAGAAGGGAUUCCUGGCUUUGCAGCUCUAGAAGAGCUACGGCCAACAUAUCCGUUAUCAUGCUCAUGGCAGACUUGCCUUUCAAAAAACAGUUGAAUUUCUGAAAUGUGCCAGACCUGUGCUUCCCGUGCUCUGAAGUUAUGACGACUUCAGCAGUGAGACUGAAACCAGGGGACACUUGCUUAGUUGCAGGUUUCAUUACAAAUUCAUAACCUCAGACCGGGGUCAUCUGAGGUUCAAAAGCUCAGAUUAGGUGAGCCAUGCUAAGCAACUAUAUGAUGCGUCGAGCCUAAACCCUAAAAUUCAGGAUGUAUGAAAUAAUUUAAGUCAAAAGGAAGAAGAAAAGCAAAUCCCUUGUGAACGCCGGUGGCCGUUCAUGUGGUGCACACCAGCUGGGCCCAGAAAAGAGUAUCUUUCUGUAAGAACUGUGGCUGAGAUGCACACAUCCCCUCUCAAAUUCCUACUUCUCAAAAUGCUGACCUUUUAACUAGAUGAAAACUUAUCAAAUAGAUUUGGAGGAGAAAAAGAUUUUCAUGAUGUCACUAGAUCCAGUAUAUCUUAAAAGAUUUUGCAGAGUUGGUGGGUACUUAAAAUAAUGAGGAAUUGGCUAAUAGCACUGGGAACGUUUGUUAAUAAACUCGAGAAACAUUCAAAUCAAUGGUCAUUGUUUCUGUAUUUUCAGUCAAAAUACCGUAACAUUAUGAUGGAUUAAUCCUACUGAUUUUAAAGAUUACUGGAAAAACAUUCAUCUAAAAACUACCUGAAACUUUUAUCUUUAAUCACACCUGAUCAUCCAAGAGUACCUUUCUAAAUUUGAGCUUAUCGGUCUACAUUUUAUAAAGAAGUAAGGCUAUUUCUUUUGAAAGUAUUUCACUUCUAAUUGUGUCCUAUCAUUAAAGAGCCUCAAAAGUU